UGCAAUCAGCUGCCAAUUUUCUCCAAAACGGUCUGUGUUCGGAAUAAAAACAACACAGAGAAAUCAAUAGCAACACAAAUUCACGCCGGAAUGGCCUCGCGGAUUAUUGUUUCGCCUGUACGCCGGCUGGCGAACGUGAUCGGUUCCAGACCCAUCAGCACACAGGUCCUGGCUACUCAGUUCGCCACAAUAAAGGAUGAAAUCACACACACUGGCCAGUACUAUGAAGCUAACGACUACCGGAAUGCACGUUUCGUGAACGCAACUAAAGUGGUCAAUCCGAACUGGGCCAUUAAGCUGAUUGACGAAGCGCCGAUCGUCAAAUCGGAACAGCGUGUAGUAUGCUGCGACGGUGGAACCGAUCCCGCUCUAGGCCAUCCCAAAGUGUACAUCAAUUUGGAUAAACCCGGUGCUCACGCUUGCGGAUAUUGUGGGCUGCGUUUUGAGAAGAUCGAUCAUCACCACUGAGAAUCUAUGUGUCUAGGUUGAUGAUAACAUUCUGCUGCACCAUGUUGCUUCGUUGAACCUUUUAGUCAAAUAAACGGAGGAUUAAAAAACAAACAAACGGUUC